AAAUCAUUUGAUUUGGUAUCGCAAUUUAUUAUUUUGGGAUGAGAAGACUUUUCUUAAUUAUUCCUUGAUUAUUUUUGAACUCUCGUCUCCGAUUAAAUAAGACUAAUAUUUGUUUUUUUUUUGUCGAAAGUAUUGAGUUUAUUUGAAAUGAAUUUGGUUGAAUACAGAUGACAAUUAGAAGAAUGAGUAUUUUGACAUACAUUAUUCGAUACCUCGCAUAUAUAUCUUUCGUAAACUACAAUUGAGACAAAUAAAAAUCUUGAAGAUAAGACAGAUCGAGCAACUAAUCACUAGAAAAUCUAUACUACUGAUUACGAUAUUAUAUCCUAAUCGUGUUGAAUAAAUCGGUGUACUUGAUGUUUAAUUGCAAAGCUUGUGAAUAUAUAUUAAAAGUGUUUAAUAAACUCGAAAUCAAGUUAGUAUAAUCAAUUUAACAUAAUACAUUGUCGAGUGUUAUUAACAGGAGACGAAAUCUACUAUUUUAUAUUAAGGAUAAUUAGGGAAUCAGUCUAUCUCUUGGUUAUAUUUUGCCGCUUCUUUUAUUGCUUAUGAGAAUUUGACAUUGACUUAUGUUGUUUUUUUCGGUUCUAUAAUUGCUUUACUUUGUAGACGGCUGGAAAUCGUCAAAAAUUGGAUGAUUUAGGUGAAUUAGAAGAAAUGGAAGGUCGUGAAACUAAACAACGAGCAACAUCGCAUUAUAUUCCAACGAUUUUAAAUGCGUGCAUAGAAGAAUUUGAUAUUCCACCGAGUGCAACAAAAGUUCGUCGAAGUUCAGUACGUGAACCAUUACAACAAGGAACUUAUGGAACAAUUGAUCAAGUUGCUCAACCAAUUGUUGUUGGAACUGGUGAUGAAAAUGAUUUACUUACAGAUUAA